CUGACAUGGACCAAUCAGAUCUCGACACAGACAUCCGCCUCUAAGACCCUCACCAUUAUCAUCCCCCCAGCACCAGUCUCUGAGAUGGAGAGCUCAAGUGUCACUCUCAUCACUCUCAUGUCUGUUUUGUUCUCCAGGAUCUCUGGAGCAGAAGUGGAGCUGAGAGUCAGACCAGGAGACGACAUCACUCUCUAUUGCGACUGUGUUUGGGAGAGUGGAUUCAACAUAGUUUGGUUUAGAAACUCUUCAUGUGAGCAUCAACCUCCUCUAAGUAUCUCGACUGAGGAUUUCCUGCUUGGGACUCUUCCACGCUACACGUUGGUGUGGAAUCCCUCCAACAGAACUCAUGAUCUGCUGGUGAGGAAUGUCACUGAAUCAGAUCUGGGCCUUUACUAUUGUGCCAUACAUGACAAAAAGAUAACUGGAGGAAAAGGAAUUAUACUCAAUGAGAAUAUUUACCAUUAUGGAAACAGGACCACCCGACUCUCUCUCUUCGGCCCCUGUCCUGAUCUCCCCCAGACCCCUCCCACCCCUCCUGUAUCAGACUGUAGUGUCUGCUGGAAGCUGCUGGUCAGUGUGUGUCCUGUGUGUGUUCUCCUCUCGUCAUGCUUGACCUUAACCUGUGCUUACUACUGCGGCAAAACUAAAGUAUCAGACUGUGGAGCUGACCAACAGCGGAGUGUGAAGGUAGAAGGACGCGAGGUUUGUUAUGCUUCGUUGGACAUCCCGAGCAGAGGACAGAAACGUACAACAAAAAAGAGAGUUGAGAACAUCUGUACAUAUUCUGAGGUUAAAACUGAGAGAAUAUAGACUUAACAAGGAUGAUUCUGGACAUCGACGAUGUCCAAGCGUUCUGGUUCCUUACUGGUCAGGGUGGGAACUGAUGUAGCUUGAGGGAAUCCAGUUUAGAGGGAACAUUUAUCUGAAUAUGUAUGGCAAGAACUCAGGUGAAACAAAACAUUGUAUCUCCAUUUUUGUCAUUUUUUUAAUAUUUUAACAUAAUUUGAAAAUACCAGCUGCCUUUUACACUGUGUUUACAUUUCAUGAUGA